UGAAAGGAAGUUGAAUUAUUUUAUCUAUGGUAUUUUGGAAUAGUACUUCCGGGUACAUCCUGUUUAUAAAGGUAAUGAUGAUCAGUUAUAUUGAAUUGUUACAAUAACUCGAAAUGUCAUUAUAGUAUAUUCCCCUUUCGUAGGCAUGUCAAGCGAAGCUGUACUAACCGUACGUUUGGUGCGAUCUUUCGAGCAUUGCAAUUUCAAACCUGUAGUUUUCUGUGGCGUAGAUCUCAAUCAAACAGUGGACGAAUUCAUUGCGCACGUGAGGAAAGUUAUUUCUUCCAAAGAUGGACUCCCUCCCCCCUUCAAGAAAUUUGGAUACGACACACUGAAGAUCAUUCACCAAGCACAUGGUGCAAAGACAAAUGAACUGGUGAUGAGUUUGGAUGAUGAUGACAAGCUAAUACUGAGGCAGGGAACCACCCUCAAAUCAUCAGGAGUAGCCCAUGAGACAGAGCUGGCCUUCUUUCACAAUGAGGAUUAUGAAAGGUUUAAGGCCAACCCUAAAACGUUUUGGUGAGAGACCGCACUCAUGAAAACCAUGUCUGAAGUCAUGAAAGAUGAAGACACUGGUGCAUUCGGAGAUUAUUUUUGAACAUAUAUUUUUUUCCAGAGACCUCUUUCAUGUACAGUAAAAAUAUUUAAUCAUC